AUGACGUUUGCGGCUCAGUUCUUCAGCGCGGCCGCGAAGGGCCUCCGGGAAGAGCUGAGGGGCGCGGCGGGCCGACCCCGGAUCUCGAAGCAGGAGGGGCCCCGAGAGGAGGCGGCGGCAGGACACGAGAUCCUACUGCCAAAUGAGAGAAGCUUUCAGAAUGCUGCAAAAAGCAAUAAUUUGGAUCUUAUGGAGAAGCUGUUUGAAAAGAAGGUUAACAUUAAUGCUGUGAACAAUAUGAACCGCACAGCCCUGCAUUUUGCCGUGGGGGCGAAUCAUUUAUCCGCAGUGGAUUUCUUGCUUAAUCACAAGGCCAGGGUAGAUGUUGCUGAUAAGCAUGGCUUGACAGUAAUUCACCUUGCAGCCUGGUCUGGAAGUCUUGAGAUCAUGCUCAUGCUGGUUAGAGCUGGAGCCGACCAGAGAGCCAAGAAUCAGGAUGGAAUGAAUGCCCUACACUUUGCAGCUCAGAACAAUAAUGUAUGCAUCGUGGAGUACCUCAUUCAAGAUCUGCACUUGAAGGACCUGAACCAACCUGAUGAGAAAGGAAGAAAACCAUUUCUUUGGGCAGCUGAGAGGGGACACAUUGAAAUGAUAGAAAAAUUUAUCUUCCUUAAUCUACAUACUUCAGAAAAAGACAAGGAGGGAAAUUCUGCCCUGCACCUUGCAGCAAAGCACGGUCACGGUCCUGCGGUCCAGGUGCUGCUAACACAGCAGCAAGAAAUAAAUGACAUCAAUGAGAAUGGAGAAACACCGUUCUUUCUGGCUGUUAAAGGAGGUCAUGAAGAAUGCAGCAAAGUGCUCCUGACCGCCGGGAGCGAUAUCAACAUCCCAGACAAACUCAGCACCAGUGCUUUACAGAUAGCAACCCAGAAUGGCCACACCUCCCUUGUGAGCUAUCUUCUCAGUGAGCAUGUUGACCUGCACCAGAAAGUGGAACCGAAGGAGUCCCCUCUUCAUUUGGCUGUCAUCCACAACCAUAUCGCAGUCGUAAAGAGCUUAUUGAGUGCACAGCAUGGCACGGACAUCUUAAAUCAGAGGCAGCAGACUCCUUUGCACAUAGCUGCUGAUCUUGGCAAUGUGGAACUGGUGGACACCUUGCUGAAGGCGGGCUGUGACCUGAAGGUCACUGAUAAGCAAGGGAAGACUGCCCUGGCCGUGGCUUCCAGAAGCAACCACAGCCUUAUAGUGGACAUGAUCAUUAAGGCAGAGAGAUACUACGCCUGGAGAGAGGAGCAUGGUGAGAGCAUCAGGAACCCAUCAACCAGCUUUACUUUGACAUUCAAGCAAGAUCACAGUCUGGAGACCAGGCAUAUUCGUGGUCUCCUCUGGGACCUGGCUUACAAUCAGCUAAAGGCCAGUGAGUGGCAGAGGCUAGCCCGUUCAUGGAACUUUACGGAUCACCAGAUCAGAGCCAUCGAGCAGCAGUGGUCAGGGAAGGGAAGUUUCCGUGAACACGGCCACAGGGCUUUGCUCAUCUGGCUGCAUGGGACCCUGAUGACACAGGCCAUGCCGGUCAAGCAUCUGUAUGAAGAACUGAAAAGAUCCGUCAAUUCAAAAAUGAAACUGACGCAAGGUCCAAGAAAUGUGCAGUUUCAUAAAUGCCUAAAGAAAUUGUAUUUAAUUGGUUUUCCACUCAGCAUUGCCCUUUAUAUUCAGUUCUUAAAUGCCAUAAAAUCCUAGCAGCAGUAGUAUUGAUUUUCCUUUCAACUAUGAAGAUGGUGGUGACAGAUGAAAAAAUGGUAUUAGUACUUUCCACCUGCUGAAAUUAAAGGUCAAUUUUUUUUAUUUUUGCUUAAA